UUUUCUUACUAUUCUUUGAAUAACAAACAAGCAGCUAAUUCCCAAAUGCAACAGUCAUAUAAGUGACUGGCAGCAGGCAGAGAUCAGCCAGAGGCAGCCUUAAGAAAUGUUGUUAAACCAGUUUGAACAAAAGGCAGAGUGAUCCACCUCCACUAGUUAUAUGCUACCAAUCCUAGUAUGAUUUUAUGUAACAAAUAAUCAAAAGAUAUGUUGUAACAGUUUUUCACACCUUUUGUCCUCAGAGUGUAGACAUGUCUGCUGCCAGCUGUCUGCUGACUGAAGAUCAGUUUCUGUGCUCCAUCUGUCUGGAUGUGUUCACUGAUCCAGUCAGCACACCAUGUGGACACAACUUCUGUAAAACCUGCAUCACUCAACACUGGGACGUUAAGGUCCAGUGUCAGUGUCCAAACUGUAAAAAGGUUUUUAACACCAGACCUGAGCUGCAGAUCAAUACUUUCAUCUCUGAGAUGGCUGCUCAGUUCAGACAGUCAGCUCAACAGAAAGCCAGAAACAGCAGCUCAGAGCAACAAGCUGAUAAACCAGGAGAAGUUCCCUGUGACGUCUGCACUGGAACCAAACUGAAGGCCAUGAAGUCCUGCCUGGUGUGUCUGGCCUCCUACUGUGAGACUCACCUGGAGCCUCAUCUGACAAUGUCAGGUCUGAAAAGACAUCAGCAGAUCGACCCUGUGGAGAACCUGGAAGACAGGAUGUGUACGGAGCACGAUAAACUGAUGGAGCUGUUCUGUAAGACCGACCAGAUGUGUGUCUGCAUACUCUGCAGUCUUUCAGACCACAAGACACAUGAUGUUGUUCCUCUGAAAAAAGAAUAUGAAGGAAAGAAGGCCAAGCUGGGGAAGACUGAGACUGAAAUCCAGCAGAUGAUCCAGAAGAGACGACUGAAGAUUCAGGAGAUCAAACACUCAGUGGAGCUCAGUGAGGAAGAUGCAGACAGAGAGAUAGCAGAUGGUGUUCAGGUCUUCACCGCUCUGAAGGAGUCUGUUGAGAGAAGCCAGGCCGAGCUCAUCGACACGAUCAAAGAGAAGCAGAGAAAGACAGAGAAACAGGCUGAAGGCUUCAUCAAAGAGCUGGAACAGGAAAUCUGUGAGCUGAAGAAGAGAAGCACUGAGGUGGAGCAGCUCUCACGCUCUGAAGACCACCUCCACCUUCUACAGAGCUUCACGUCCCUUAAAGCUGCUCCACCCACCAAGAACUGGACAGGAGUCAGAGUCAGUCCACCUUCAUAUGAGGGGACUGUGGUGAGAGCUGUGAACCAGCUGGAGGAGACGCUCAGUAAACAGAUGAAGAAGCUGUUUGAGGCCGAGCUGAAGAGAGUCCAGCAGUCUGCAGUGGAUGUGACACUUGAUCCUGAUACAGCUCAUCCCGAUCUCAUCCUGUCUGAUGAUGGAAAACAAGUAUAUGAUAGUGAUGUAAGGAAGAAUGUCCCAGACAAUCCAGAAAGAUUUGAUUAUUGUGUUAAUGUCUUAGCAAAGCAGAGUUUCUCUUCAGGAAGAUUUUACUACGAGGUUCAGCUUAAAGGGAAGACUGAGUGGGUUUUAGGAGUGGCCAGAGAGUCGAUCAACAGGAAGGGAAAAAUCACACUGACUCCUCAGAAAGGUUACUGGACGAUAAGGUUGAGGAAUGAAAAUGAGUACAUAGUUUGUGCUGACCCAUCAGUCCGUCUCUCUCUGAAGUCUCAGCCUGAGAAGGUGGGGGUGUUUGUGGAUUAUGAGGAGGGUCUGGUCUCAUUUCAUGACGUUGAUGUUGCAGCUCUUAUCUACUCCUUUACUGGCUGCUGCUUCACUGAGAAACUCUACCCAUACUUUAGUCCAUGUCUUAAUGAUGGUGGUAAAAACUCUGCCCCUCUGAUCAUCUCUCCUGUUAAUCACACUGAGUAGAACAACCAGAUGAUUUUCUUCAGCAAGAAUCCUUCAUUUAAUGUAACAAAUUUAUAUUAUUGGUGAUGUACGAGGUAAACAUUAUUGAUUUUUCACAUUCUGAUUAAUGGGUUUUUGCUAUUUUUUGCAAAUGUUUUUCUAUAAGUUGUAACAUUGCUACUACUCCAACACACAGAUUUUAACACAAUGAAUGAUAUUAUCUAAUGUUGUCUUAAUAAUUCUUAUAACUGCAUAACCUACCUUCAAGACUGUUUAAUCAACAAAAACUAAAUACUCAUGAAUAAGUACAUUUGUACGUUGCUUAUAUAUCCGGGUGCCAAAUCCAAAUGUUUUAUUGUCUGAUUAUUGUAGAUAUAAGUUUUGCAUGUAUUGUUUUUUUUUUUACUUAAUGGUUUUAGUUUUUAUCAUUUCCAAUUGACAUACAACUUUAGUGAUCUCUGUCUGUUAUGUAUUUGGGGGUAAAUAUGAGAUGAAUUCUUAAUUCAUAUUGGCACAAAAUUAAUCAACAAAAUCAGAUAAUACAACAUUCAGCUGCUGUGGUGUUUCAACGGAAUAAAAAGUGAAA